AUGGAAACUCGACCACUUGUUGCCCACCCUUGGCGGCCUCGGCCAUCUCGCCAUUCGGUCUACAUCCGGCGAGUCUGGACCAUAGCAUACCCCUUCUUUGUUGCCUUUUACGUUGUCACGAUUGUUGUUCUCUCCCUAUCCGGCGUUCGUGCCACAAGAGGACGCGUUUCUUUCCUACCAGAUCCCUCCCCUGAACCUCAAGACAGGAACCCAAUCUCCUUGCAAGAAGCCUACCAAGCCCUUCAUUGCCACACCCAACAACAAACAGCCACUCUCCUAUCCUUGAGCCCUGCUGGGCUUCUCGGAGCUGAUCAGGUCUAUGCAGGGAACGUGAUGCUGGGCUUGGGCAAGUUGCUCGUGGGUAUCGCGGCCAUGCUCACUUGGAUUGGAUUUUGGGUCAUCGACAAGGAGAGAUAUCCCUUGUGGGCGAUGGACCUCUUGAGCUUGACUGGGGCCCUGACGGUGCUGUGGCUUUCGUGGGGAGGUUUGGAUGCGGUGAUGUUCAUGAGCAUGUCAAGCUCCGCAACACCCUUGGAACACUUGUAUACUCCGUCGAGUGGUCAAUCCUCCCGUACCCACGCAUCACAUCGUUUUUGUGGUAGCUUUGAGCGCAGAUUUAAGAUAGUUACUGGAUUGAAGAAGCCCCAAUGGAGACCGACCGAUGCGUUUCUCAAUGAUCGUAAUCCAUAUCACAGUUUUGUAAUGGCCUUUUCCAACCACAACGAGCGACAUUGGACUGUCGGUGUCUGGUUUAUUCUUAUGACCGCUCGACAAAGCAACCUUCAAGUCCGAAAUAUCGGUUAUCUCAUCUGGCUGGUCAUCUUCAGGGGUAGAGUAAACAACACGCCCAAGUCGGUACAGGUACCCCUAUACAGUUGGGUGCUUCGGCUUUUCUUUGAAUUGCCCGCGAAGGCAUUGCGGUUGAGCACUACUGGUAGAGGUGCUUGGGAAUGGUCUUGGAGCAGUGAAAGAGAUGUCGCUCGCGAGAUGCUGUGGGAAGAAAGCUCUGUCUUUUUUUCACCUAGUCUCCUUGCGGUAUCUAUCAUGAUGUGACUGCCAAUUCGUGAUAUCUGACCCAUUCCGUCCGUGCCCGUGUUUGAGUUGACGUCAGGACCUUUCUGCCCUCCCCUCCGCUGUCGAAAGCCCGUGAACCUCUGAGUCGCAGGGCAACCGUAAUGGGAUGUGCGGUACCGCCCAGGCAAAGACUCGGGAUAUUGAAAAUCACCGUCUUUCAUACAAUCUCUGGCAGGCAUACAUGAAUGUUGCAGU